CAUCUGUGGAUUACAUGUCUAGGAGCCUGGAUGUUAGUGAUGGUGGUGGAUGGUAAAGAAAUUAUGCAUGCGAGGACUCCAUUGUUUGCACGCAAACCUUUCGUAGUGCUAUGGAACGCACCAACCAGACUGUGCCAGCUGCGGUACAAGGUGGAUUUAGACCUUAGAACUUUUAAAAUUCAUGCAAAUCCCAAUGACGAUUUGAGUGGCUCCACUGUGACAAUAUUUUAUCACAAUCUCUUGGGCUACUACCCCUAUUUAAAGAGCCCCGCUAAGCCCAUCAAUGGAGGAAUACCACAGCGUGGAAACCUAUACAAGCACAUCGCCAAAGUCAAGUCUGAUCUCAAAAAGGCCAUACCUACGAAUCAAUUCCAGGGACUUGGAGUCAUUGACUGGGUAGACUGGAAGCCCCAGUGGAUGAGGAACGUGGGCACUAGAAAUAUGUACAAAAUUUGGUCUCUCGAACCUAUUAGAAAGGAGAAUCCUCACUGGUCUAGUUUCAGAAUCAGGAGCGCCGCCAAGCAAGCAUUUGAAAAGGCAGGGGAAACGUUUAUGAAGAACACCCUUAUCGAAGCGAAAAGAAUGAGACCAAAGGGACUCUGGGGUUACUAUCUAUACCCGGAAUGCCAUAAUUAUAAUUUCAUGGCGCAUCCAGAUAAAUACACAGGAAAAUGUGAAAAGCUUGACUUGAAAUUGAACGACCGUCUGCUUUGGUUAUGGAAAGAAAGCACUGCCCUAUAUCCUUCCGUAUACCUGCAGCACAGGCUGCAGUCAAGUCGGAACUCUCAGAGAUUUGUGCGCUAUCGGGUUAUGGAAGCAAUGCGUGUUGCUACCAUGGCUAGAAAGGACUAUGCCUUGCCUGUUUUUGUGUAUUCUAGGCCAUUUUAUGCCAGAACGUUCAGCCCUUUGACAGAGGAAGACUUGGUGAAUACUAUUGGUGAGAGUGCAGCACUGGGGGCCGCAGGAGUCGUCCUGUGGGGAAACCAUCGGUAUGCCCUAAGUAAAGAAAGCUGCGUGCAACUGAAAAGCUAUGUAAGUGGUCCCUUGGGACGUUACAUCAUUAAUGUGACUUCUGCGGCCACGUUCUGCAGCAAAACUCUCUGCAACAUGAAUGGAAGAUGCGUUCGUAGAAACAGUGAAUCGGAUGCUUAUCUGCAUUUGCCUUCUCACCGUUAUAAGAUUGUCUUCGAUAACUCCGAUGCAAGAAAAGUCCUCGUGAAAGGAUAUCUGAGGCAGAAGGAUAGAAAGACCCUGAAAAGCAGUUUCAUCUGCCACUGUUACCAGGGAUGGAAGGGGUCGGCUUGCAAGUGGCCUUCGUCCUCAAAAGGGUGA